CAGCUUAUGUUAAAAGUUAAAUUAGGCUCGUACAGUCCAGAUUCGAUAAUCCGAAACCCUUGGGCAAAUUUCGGAUAAUCGAAUCUUCAGUUAGGUUAUUGAAAAAUUAAAAAUAACUUUUUCUUGGAUGACCAUUGAAUUACUUUAAAAUGAUUUAGAUUAUUAUAAAUCCAAGAUGGGACGGCCAAAAUGACAGUGGAAAAAAAUAUAAAUAAAAAAUGUAUAAAGUCGACUCUCUGGCUGUCACCUUCUCGAUAUCAAUAUUGCUCCAGCUGUCAAUAAAUUGUUUAGUCCCUUCUCGACAAUCCCUUCAAUAUCGACAACGGGAGAGUUCACUGUAUAAAUAAAUAUAUUAAAAAGUGAACUUAUAAAAAAUAAUCCUUUGAAUUCAUCAUGUUUUCAAAAUGCUGGUCACAAAGACCAACACGACUAACUCUAAAGCCAAUCUAUCCGGCUGUCCAAAAUUCAGUGAUAAGGCUGUGCUGCUUGUGGUCACUUUUAUUUUUUGACAAAUAUGCGAGUUAGUGAUACAAUAACCGUCGUAUCAAAAGCACAAGUCCGAUGAAGCAGUCGAUUUUGAUUCUGUUGUUCGGCCUAUCGCUAGCAGCCGUGAUUGAUGGAGCAAACAUUUUGUACAUUGCAGGCGUUGCAUCCAAGAGCCAUUUCAUAUGGAAUCGACCUUUAAUCUACGGCUUGGCAGCACGGGGUCACAAUGUGACGGCGCUGAGUUUGCAAGUUGAAAAUAAUCCUCCGGAAAAUGUGCACUUUAUUCAGAUGGAGGGUGUUUACGAGGCCAUUUUCAACGAUCCAAAAUCGGCGCAAUCCGAUUUCUUCAGCAUGGGCAAGAUGAGCCCAUUUGGGAUGCUGUUUGAGUUUGAAGAGUUUUGUGUCAAUUGUUGUCGGUUUAGUUUGAAAUCGAAAGGAUUUGCUGAGCUUAUGAACUACCCGGCUGAUUUCAAGUUUGAUCUCGUGAUUGGACCUUGUAUAUCGGCAGCAGCGCUUCACAAGUUCAGUCGUCCACCUUUGGUUUUGGUCACGGCUUAUAAUGGGAUCACGACGUCGACCCCGUUCGCAGGAUCUUUUGCAUACUCUGGUCUGGUUCCAAACCACGAGUUUGAUGCAACGGAAGAUAUGUGCUUCUAUGAUCGAGUCAUGAACUUUUUCUACAACACGUGGGAACAUUUACUGAAAGAGUGGUACACGUUUCCCAAAAUGGACGAACUGGUGCGUGAAAAGAUUCCUCAGAUUCCAUACGUAGCCGAUUUUAACAAACUUGCGCGUGUUGUCAUGCCGAAUGUGAACGCUGCAAUUCAAUUUUCGGAACCGUUGAUGCCGAAUGUAAUUCCGGUGGGAGGACUUCAGGUGGUUGAUUCUAAACCGCUCCCGAAAGAUCUUCAAACCGUGAUGAACAGUGCCAAAAAUGGCGCCAUUUUGUUCUCGUUAGGAUCAAACGUUCGCAGUGAUACCUUGGGAACGGAACGCAUCAUGGCCAUCUUAGAUGCUAUGAAAUCUUUUCCCGACAUUCAUUUUUUGUGGAAGUUUGAGUCUGACACGCUUCCCGCGCCGGUUCCAAAGAAUGUGUUCAUUAAAGAGUGGCUCCCUCAGAAUGAUCUUUUGGCGCACCCUAACAUGAAACUGUUCAUAACGCACAGUGGCCUACUGAGCACUCAGGAAGCAAUCUGGCAUGGCAUUCCUUUAAUAGGGUUCCCGGUGUUUGCCGAUCAGUAUCGGAACAUCAACUAUUGCACCAAAGUAGGCGUGGCGAUGAGGCUCUCGAUCGUGAAGAUCGAUGCUGAGCAGUUGAAGGCUACUAUCCAUGAGAUGAUGACUAAUGCAAGUUACACUCAAAACAUGCAACGACUUUCCAAAGUGUUUCGCGACCAGCCGGAGAAACCGCUGGACCGUGCCGUCUGGUGGAUCGAGUGGGUGCUGCGGAAUCCCGACGUGACCUACCUUCAGUCGCAUGCCGUCGAAAUCGGUUGGCUGAAAAAGAACGCGUACGAUGUGUUGAUUUUCCUGUUUGUGGCGGUGGCGAUCACGAGUCACGUUAUCGUCGGAGUAACUUACAGGAUUGCGUGUAAAAAGCACAAUGGGGGCAAAAAGUUGAAGAAUAAACAAGCAUAAUUUCAAACAAGUUGGUGGUAUUUAUUUCCUUGAUGAAUACGGGGUUUAUAUUGAUUUACCUGCUCUGCAAAAAAUGCUUCUCUUCUUUUUUAUCAGUUCUUUCCCAUAGUCAUUGUUAAGACAAAAUUCAGUAUCAUCACUUCAGAAGUAACUUGCCUUCUAAACUACUGUGUGAGCACACUUCACUGAUAAGAAAUUCUGCUUUGAUCAGCCAUUACUGGUGGUUUGCAUUAGUUUCAAAUUUCAAAUGCUUCACACUUGGAGCGCAACUUUUGCUUGCAGUUGAUCAUUUUGCUCACCAUGUCAACUAGAACCAUUGUUGUUACCGUCAACUGGGCGAAUCGGGAAACAUGGGGCGAAUUGGGACAUCAGUUUUAACCAUGUAGGAGCACAAUAUUUUGAUUUUUCUGACCAGACCAACUGGUUGGUUUCGGUUAGUACAGACUGAGACUAACAAAAUGUGUACAUCCAUUUCCAAACUUAAAACCAUUAAGUGCUCUAAACACUGCUGUCCCUAUUCAGACUGUAGUCCCGAUUCGCCCCAGAUGACGGUACUAUACUUUUGGUGUGCUUUUUCGGAGUUGCUAGUGCUGCAAAUAUACUUUUCCUUCACGGUAUUCCAUCACCUAGUCAUUCAAUAUGCUAAUUGAAAAGAUUUUGUGGUUUAUUCGAUUAAUUUGUGGUGGUUUCAAAGUAUUUGAUGGUUGCUUUUCUAUGUUUGUUUACCGUCAUCGUCGUUACUCACUACUUUUCCAUCAGCCAUAAUAUCUACUGUCUCUUCAUACUGCAUACUCCGAUCACAGAUACACGGUAUCGACUCCAAUCCUCGUUUUUGAUUUCCAAAGUGGAUGUCAUUUUGAGAACGGAAGAGAAAUCUACUCUAUGCACGGAGAAAAAAGAGUUCCUAAAAUCGUGAACAAGCGUUCAUGAAAAUGGGAACCACGAUCAAAGUAUUCAAAUUUCAUGGUACGUUUUCGGAAAUCGUACCAUGGGAUUUGGACACUUUGUUCGUGGUUCUCAUUUUCAUGAACGCUUGUUCACGAUUUUGCGAACUCUUUUUUCUCCCUGUGAUAGCUAUGAGUUGAUUUCGAAGGACACGUUUCUGUAUCCACACGCAGAUGCUCUCGUAAAUUUGAUCUUCCAACGGUUAUAUAUGAUCAGAUUAGGUUAAGUUAGAAUUCAAUGUAUGUGCUAACGAAAUUGAAUAUUUAUUUUCGACAUUUUUUU